AUGGGCAUCCGAAAGAGGAACUGCCUACAAAAGGGAAGAUGGCAACCCAGAACGAUCCCUCCAAAACGACUUCGAAAUGCACAACCGAGUACUUCAAAGCCGACAAACCCUUAUGACCCUGAGAAAAUCCACUCCAGUUCAAAUCCAGAUACCAUCCUGUCAAAGCUUCAUCUAGCCAAAGAACAAGGAAUGGUGGGCUGCAAAUCUAGAAAGAUUCCCACAAGGCUAUACACCAUGCAAUAUGAUCGAAACACAACGCAUUCCACCGUUUGGAGAAUCAACCCGACACCUUCUUAUUCAAACAUUCUGCCCGGAAGAGAUCAAACAAAAGAUCAUCACCAGCAGACGUCGAACCCAUACCCGGGAUCCCUAAACUUUCUCACGGUUCAAAGCGUUCUCCUUAUGAAACUACCCGUUACAUGA